CACGUCAGUCCGGUGUGUAUCGUUCGAUUGGCCGCACGACCGCAACCUGUUGACGCGCGCACCUGUUGCAUCCUACACGCGUAUCGCCUACCUGUUGCGCACAUGGCCCAGUAUACGGUGCACAGUUUGUUACCGCGCGCCCGGUAGACCGCACGCGCUCGUCGUCCGGGGUCGGUUAAAAAAUUAAACGUUUAAUUUUUUUAGUUUUUUUCGUUCGGUCCGCUCGGGGAUCAUGGUCGAGGAGACGGACGCGAAUUAUUAUUACACGUGCACGUGUGAUUUUUGAAAAAAAAAACAGUCAACCGUUUUCGCGUCAACCGCAGACGAGACCGUCAGUUAUUAACGUCGGCGUUGUCGCUUGUCGCCACCAUGUCGGCCGCGGCGGAGAGCAAAAUCAGAAACAUCAACAACAACGUGGUGGAAACCGACCGGAAAUGGAGCCCGAAGGUCCACACGAAAAUUUACAUUCCGCCCAUUCGGAUCGUGGAAAACGAAGAAACCGUCACCGGUCAGGCCGCCAGAGGGGCGGCGUUCGACGAAUCAGUCAAGCUGAAAGAAUACAGCAGUGGUAGUGAAAGCAGUGAAGGUCGUCAGCCAUUCCGACACGGCAGCUAUCGGCUACAACCCGUGAUGGCACCCCGAGCCCUCUCGCCCAGUCUGAGAUCCCUGAAGGCGCCUGCUGUCGUUACAACCAUGACCGGGUCGGUCAGCCUGAAUUCCACGUGCAUUCCCAGCGACCUGUCACCUCUGCGACCCACGCCCAAUAACAUGUCCGUCCGUUCGCUGGCAUCCAUCGGCAUGGGCUCUACGGACGGACGGAAGCUGACCAUAACCAAGGUACCGACAUCGCCGGCCGAACUGCUCAACUUGGCCAACCCGCAGAGAUAUUUCGAAGACGAAGACGGCCAGCUGACCGAAUGUAGCAGCUGUACCAGAUCUUUAGCUGGGUCGGAGUCGACUUUCCGGCCUCGGGUCAUAAACUAUUGGCCGGGAAAACUUCAGUUCAUUUUGGCUUGUCUCGGGUGCUCCGUCGGUCUGGGCAACUUGUGGCGAUUUCCCUAUCAUUGUUAUAAAAGCGGAGGAGGUAUUUUUUUAAUUCCAUACUAUGUGAUAAUGAUUUUCUGCGGUGUGCCACUGCUAUAUUUGGAACUGGCCGUUGGUCAGUUCACGAAAAGAGGACCCAUCGGAGCCAUAUCGAAAUUGUGUCCCAUUUUAAAAGGCGCCGGAUUAUCCAGUGUCGUGACGUCGUUUUUCAUGUCUACUUACUACAACGUGAUCAUCGCUUAUGUCCUGUAUUAUUUUUUCUCCGCCUUUCGGGACCAACCGCCUUGGACACACUGUAACAACCGAUGGAACACUCCUGAUUGCUGGUCGAUGGCAGACAACCGGAGCACCACGUCCAAUAGCAAAAGCCCCACCGAAGAGUUUUACUACCUCAAAGUGCUACACGCCACCAAAGACCUACAGACCCUCGGUAGCAUGCGAUGGGAGCUGGUGGCUUGCAUGUUCGUCGUGUGGAUCGUCGUGUACUUCACCCUGUGGAAAAGCAUCAAGUCCUCCGGCCGUGUGCUCUACCUGACGGCUACGCUGCCGUUCGCACUGCUGAUUGUGCUGCUGGUGCGGUCUCUGUACCUGGACGGUGCGGAAAUCGGGCUCGACUACUUCUUGUACAAACCUCAAUGGCGACUGCUCCUGGACUCCAAGAUAUGGGUGAGCGCCGUUGGUCAAAACCUGAAUUCCGUGGGACUUGCAUUCGGUCUGGUGAUAUCGUUCGCUUCGUACAACCGGUACAAUAACAACAUUCUGGUGGACACAAUCACUAUAUCGCUGAUCAACGGAGUGUCCAGUUUUGCCGUGGGACUGCUCACUUUCGCCACCCUGGGUCACGUGGCCAAGGAAUAUGGGAAAUCUAUGGAAGAUGUCAUUUUGGACAGUCCGGGCAUCGUGUUUGUUUUGUUUCCGGAAGUGCUGUCCAACAUGCCGUUUUCCGGUCUUUGGUCGACUCUGCUGUUUUUCGCCAUGCUGUGUCUUUGCCUAAACAGCGAGUUUGCCAUCGUCGAAGUGGUGGUCACGUCCAUACAAGACGGAUUUCCCAGGGGCAUAAAAAAAUAUCUAGUCUGCCAUGAACUUUUGGUGUUGGCCGUCUGCCUCGCUUCGUUUCUACUGGGACUUCCGUUCGUCACACAGGGCGGUAUCUAUUUGUUCGAAAUUGUGGACUACUACAUAGCGACGUGGUCGAUCAUUUACGUUGCAUUCUUCGAAGUGAUCGCCGUGUCCUGGAUGUACGGUGCCAAUCGGUUGUCGGCCGACAUCCAAAGGAUAACCGGCACCAAACCCCUUCGGUUUUUCACCUACAGCUGGUACUCGACCACACCGCUCAUACUAAUGUCGAUAUGGAUGUUCAGCUUGUUCGACUAUGAACCUCCGACUUACGUUAACGGCACACACAGUUUUCCUUUAUGGGCCCACAUGGUUGGAUGGUCCGUAGUCAUGAUCUCAUUGGCGUGCAUACCCGUCGUAUCCGUUUACACGUUCCUACGUUCCGAAGGAAUGACAUUUUACCAAAAACUGAACAAAUCAAUAAAGCCGCGAUCAAACGACUUUGGCGAGCUUCCGACUGCGUCCAAAGACAACUUGAAAGAGAUGGCCACUUUAAUCGAAUGUAAAGUGCCGGAAAUUCCACCGAUUGUAAUCGUUCCGGCCGAUAAAGACCGAAAACACAAUCAAACGUCAACCGUGAACAACACAUCAAUACGAUAACGUCGUGACAAUAAUGUUACAUAAUAUUUUGUCUAGAUUAAUGAUAAUUUCACCUAUUCGUGUAAUGCACAGACAUUCCGUACAAUAAAAAACACGUGCCUUAAAACGCGACAAACCCAUAGACUGUUACCGUCGAUUUUAUGUAUGACAUAGUAAUAACGUAAAACUAGAAAAUAAUCAAAUUGAAAAGAAACCUUUUUGUAAAAAAAAUAUAUUAAGUUACACUUA